AAGAAGCAGGUGGUGUAAGACCUGGAGGCAUAAAAGGCUCAGCAGCUGUCUCCACAGCACUGCCCUAACGAAGGAAGACAGGAUGAAGAUGAGUGCCCUGGCAGCUGCGAUUGCCCUCCUCCUCUGGGGACAGAUUUUUGCUGUGGACUUGGGCAAUGAUGCCAUGGAUAUUGCAGAUGACAGCUGCCCAAAGCCCCCUGAGAUUGCAAAUGGCUAUGUGGAGCACCUGGUUCGCUAUCGGUGUCAGACAUACUACAGACUGCGUACUGAAGGAGACGGAGUGUACACCUUAAACAGUGAGAAGCAAUGGGUGAACGAAGCCAUUGGAGAGAAACUUCCUGAAUGCGAAGGAGUGUGUGGCAAGCCCAAGCACCCGGUGGACCAGGUGCAGCGCAUCAUCGGUGGGUCUCUGGAUGCCAAAGGUAGCUUUCCCUGGCAGGCGAAGAUGGUGUCUCGCCACAAUCUCACCACGGGGGCCACACUCAUCAAUGAACAAUGGCUCCUGACCACAGCCAAAAACCUCUUCCUGAAUCACACGGAGGACGCUUCCGCAAAGGACAUUGCCCCAACCUUGAAACUCUAUGUGGGGAGAAAGCAGCAGGUGGACAUUGAGAAGGUAGUCGUCCACCCGAACCACUCCGUGGUGGACAUUGGGCUAAUCAAACUCAAGCAAAAGGUGCCCAUCAACGAGCGAGUGAUGCCCAUUUGCCUGUCUUCUAAAGAGUACACAGAAACGGGACGCAUGGGCUAUGUGUCUGGCUGGGGAAGAAAUGCCAACUUUAAUUUCACUGAGCGUCUCAAGUAUGUUAUGCUACCUGUGGCUGAGCAAGAAAACUGUGAGAAGCACUAUGAGGGCAGUACAGUGCCCGAAGAGAAGACCCCAAAGAGCCCUGUGGGGGUGCAGCCCAUUCUCAAUGAGCACACCUUCUGUGCCGGCAUGUCCAAGUACCAAGAAGACACCUGCUAUGGUGAUGCUGGCAGUGCGUUCGCAGUUCACGACCUGGAGGAUGACACCUGGUAUGCAGCUGGGAUUCUGAGCUUUGAUAAGAGCUGCACAGUGGCCGAGUAUGGUGUGUAUGUGAAGGUGUCCUCCAUCCUGGACUGGGUUAAGAAAACCAUAGCUGACAACUAAGGUGAGGUUGGCUGGCAGUCUGCUCUCAGUGGGGCAGGCUGGAAGCCCUUGCCUGAGAGCAAGAUUCCACUCUGGUAGAGGGGAAAGUGGAUGUGAUAAGAGGUGAUAUGAAGCUGAUGGUGCCAUCCCUGCACUGCUGAGUUAGUCAAUAAAGAGCUUGCUUUGGACUCAUUUCUA